AAUACUUUCACACUUGCACUACAAACAGCUGAUUCUAAUCUUCCUCUUCGCUUUUAUUUUCUAUUUUUGUUUGAAAAAUGAACGACCCCAACAAAGCAAUCACCGUUAAUUUAUCAUCACUGCUCAGCUUAAAAGCGGAAUUACAGCGCAAACAGCAUGAAGUAAAAUUGGCCAAGGAAAUAAAUACGUCGGCCAAUAAAUUCAAGCCAAGCAAAAUUUACAGCAACAAUGAAAAGUCAAAAGCCAGCAGUAGCAACAAAGAUGGAAACUAUACGGAGAUUAGCAGAAAAGGGAACGUUAAGGUGUAUGAAUCGGAGGACUAUGGACAGUUGGACAAGUCUCGCCGUGUACUCGAGGCAAAGAGCAAAUAUUAUGAACGCAUGACAAUCAGUGGCGGCGGCCUGAAUGUGGAUGAUAAUUGCCUGGUCAUGUUCAAUCGCAAACACCAGGAGCAGAAAAACGACGAAAAACAACAGCAACAAGACCCUGUGCCACAUAAUAGACUAAGUGAGAGCAGCAGCGGAACAAGCGAGGACGAAGGAAAUGCAGCUGCUGGUCACGACGAUGACGACGAAGUGGAGUACACGGAUUGUUUGGGACGGACGCGUACCUGCUUACGUAAAGACCUACGAGAAGCAUUGCGACGGGACAAGCAAUUAGCGGACAGCAUGCCUGAGCGGUUAGAUCAAACGAAAGCCAAUUGGUUAAUCGAUACAAAAGGCACUCACGACAGUGACACUGACGCAGACGAUGAUGAACCCAGCUAUGGCCCAAAACACACAGAGAGUGUCUACAGUGAGGCGCUGUCGACAAUGACAAAGCAUGAUGAGCAGCGCGUUAACUGGGAGCGCAAGGAGCAAGAAAAUUUCGAUAAGCCUGAUGUCCAUUAUCAAGACGUGUUCUUUGAUGAAGCGCGCACACACGGCGUGGGUUAUUAUGCUUUCUCCACGGACGAAACCGAACGAACGCAGCAACAGCGUGAGCUGGAAGAGGCUCGCAAAGAGACACAGGCGGAACAGAAGCGACGCGAUGAUUUGCGAGCCGAACGUGAUCGGAUUAUUGCGAAUCGUGUGUUGGCUGCGAAAAAUCGCAUCAGAGCACGCAACGGUCUGCCGGCCAUAAGCAAGGAGGAAUACGAGCAGGCACAGAAGCUUAAGGCAGCUGAAGCUGAGAUCGAGGCACGAGAACGUGAACGUGAGCAGACUGCAAAGGAAGAAAAACUGGCGGCACAAAAGGCCGCUGAUGAGGCUGAACGUGAGAAGCUGCGCAAAGAUCAUGUUCGCGACUGGGACAGAGACAAAAGCGGUAUGGCCAAAAAACAAGAUGACGAUGAUGAACAGUUAUCAGCACCUGUAGAAUGGCAAUACAAGCCCGAACGACAGCCCAUGUCCCAGGCGCAGUGGAAUGAGCAGCAACGUGCGGUACGUAGGCCAGAGUUUGCACCCGUACCAGAAACGGAAGCCACUCCAAAGCGCUUGAACUUUAGCAGCAUGCCACCACCAAUGCAAUGGUGCAGUAGCGACCAGGAGUUUAGCAGCUAUCAUUCCACGAGACGCGAGAAGCAAUUCCAGCGCCGUAACUACACGAAAUCCAGCGACGAACCUAACGAAGCUGAAGAGCCAAUAUCAAGUACCUCCAACCAUGAUCAGAAUCAAGGCGUUACUAUACCUCCACCUGCAUGCCUAAUGGAAGGCUUCAGUGGCCCGCCCGCAUCUAAGCGAACUAAGUCGCAAGCUGAACUAGAGCGCUCCAUUGAGGAGGGUCUGAGAUUUCUACGCGAGAGCUGCGAUAAGGGAGUACUUGGUGGCAAGGCGAGCUGGACCUCUAAGGCGGAUUAUUGACAAAUUUAAAAAUAAUAGUUCUUGAAGUAGCUUUUUGUUUUUAAUUUAUUGCUUUGUGUAAACACAAGAUAAUAGACAGACAUCAUUGUGUAUGCACGCCAAAUUUCCUGGUUUUUAAUACACCUAGUUUAAUUUAAACGCAUAUUAUUUACAUUUCGAAAAGAUGGCAACCUUGUUAAGUUGGCUGCUUACAAAAUGUAACGGCAAGUACAUAAUCCAUAAUGUUACGAAGUGGAUUAUUGCUAAGCUAACCUAAGUUUUGGCAUAACUGUCAUGAACAUAGUUAUUUUACUAUAUAGGCUACAUAU